UUUCUGUAUACGAAAAAGAUUUGAGUUUUUCGUCUCUAAACAAAAGUUUUUUAUAAUUUCGAGAGUGUAUAGGAUUACAAAAUGUUUCGCGCUAAUAAUUUUGACAAAUUAUUAGAUAAAGCGACGAGUAAUCUACGCCUAGACCCUGAUUGGCCAUCAAUUAUACAAAUAUGCGAUUUAAUUAGACAAAAUGAUUGUUCGCCAAAAUAUGCUGUAGCUGCUGUAAAAAAGAAGCUGUACUCCCAAAAUCCUUAUCAGGCUAUGUUCGCUUUGCUUACCCUGGAAAGUAUUGUAAAGAAUUGUGGCUCUGGUGUUCAUGAUGAAGUGGCAUCAAAGGCAUUUUGUGAAAUGCUUCGUGAUUUAGUGAAAACAACACAACAUGAGAAUUUGAAGACCAAAAUUCUAGAACUGAUUCAAGCUUGGGCUUUCGCUUUCCGGAACUCACCAAAGUAUAGAGCUGUGCAGGAUACUGUGAACAUUCUGAAAGCUGAAGGACAUAAAUUCCCACCUCUCAAGGAAUCUGAUGCUAUGUUCUCUGCGGAUUCUGCCCCGGAAUGGGCAGACGGUGAAGUGUGUCACAGAUGCAGAGUAACAUUUUCAUUGAUGGUGCGUCGGCACCACUGUCGAGCCUGCGGACAAGUUUUCUGCCAGCAGUGUAGCUCCAAAACAUCAACAUUACCUAAAUUCGGAAUUGAAAAAGAGGUCCGUGUGUGCGAUGCUUGCUUUGACAAAGUAAGUCGCCCGCCAUCUUCAACUACAAAAUUGGAAAUAGUGGAUACCGCCAGUGACUAUGGACCAGCUCCAGCUCCGAAGCGACCAGGGGGUAAAUCUGCUGAAGAGUUGCAAGAAGAAGAGGAAUUGCAGCUGGCCCUCGCGCUCAGCCAAUCCGAAGCUGAACAGAAGGAGAAGGAACGAAAAUCUCGUACAUACAUCGCUCCGGAGAACACACUGCAUCCUACAAUUUCUCCCACGCCGUCUUCAGUGAGCGCGUCUCCCGAGCACGGCGGUACCAGCACGGAGUUAUCCCGGUACCUAGACCGCAACUACUGGGAGCAGCGAGUAGCUAGGGAGGCCCAGGCCGCCCCCACUGCGCCGUCGUCGCAUACCACUACGGAGACGCCUGAGCAAGAAUUCACGAAACCGAACACAGCCAAGGGCCAGGAAGAUGAGGCAGAAGACAAGGAAAUUGAUGACUUCGUCGAAACUCUCAAGUCGCAGGUUGAAAUAUUCGUCAACAGAAUGAAGAGCAAUUCAUCUAGAGGUCGCUCCAUCGCCAACGAUACUUCAGUCCAGACACUAUUCAUGAACAUAACUGCUAUGCACUCGAAACUGCUGCGCUACAUACAGCAGCAGGACGACAAGAGAGUUUACUUGGAGAGUUUGCAGGACAAGAUAAGCCAAGUGCGUGACAGUCGCGCGGCUCUCGACACAUUACGGGCUGAGCAUGCAGCGCGGCUGGCAGCAGCGGCCGAAGCGGCGGAGCGCCAGCGCCAACUGCAAAUGGCCGCCAAGCUGCAGGCCAUGAGGAAGAAGAAGCACGAGUACCUGCAGUACCAGAGACAACUCGCGCUGCAAAGAGUGCAGGAACAAGAAAGAGAGAUGCAGAUGAGGCAAGAGCAGCAGAAGCAUCAAUACAUGAUGUCCGCGAGCAGCGGGUUCUAUAUGCCCGGAGUGACAAUGCACCAGUUCCCACAGGGGUACCCCAAUCAGCCCAUGUACGUGAACCCUCAGUUCCACCCGCAGAUGAUGCCACAAACAUCGACAGACGGUACCCCCAUGGCUAACCAGCCACAAAUGUCCCAAGCGAACAUGCCAAUCAACACCCAAAUUGGCCCGAUGCCAUCCAUGCCACAAAUGCACGCCAUGACCACGGCCGGCGCUGCGUUUACCCAAGCACCCACCAGCGCCACCAUGAACCAAGCGAACAUCCGACCCAACAUGAGCCAGCAACUACCCAUGCAGCAGCAGAUGCUGAUGCAGCAGAUGCAAAUGCGCAUGCCCACCCAGCCGGGCAUGCACAUGAUCGCUCAGAACAUCGCCAACGGUAUACCCAUACAGAGCACGCACCCUGCCCAACAGUUACAGAAACCGAAUUUACCCAACCAACCCCAGCAGCCAAACUCCAUGAUGCCACCCAUGACAAUGGGCCAGAUGAAUAUCCCCCAACCGAACCCUAACAACCCGGUGUACGGUAUGCAAAUGGCUCCCAAUAUGAGAAUUCCCGUGAUGACGGGCAACCAGCCGAACAAUAACCAGCAGGUGCCCGUGUCGGGAUAUCCAAAUAUGCAAAAUCAACAGGCCAAUCAGCAGGCACCACAGAUGCACCCUCAAAUGCCUCUACCGGGGCAGCCGUUGACUAUGCCGGGACAGGCGAUGGGCCAACCCGCGCCCAACCAGGGCCAGCUACCUCAAACUCCCCAAGGACCCCCUCAAGGCCAAGCGCCGCACCCGCCGCAGGUGUCCCAGGGUCAACCUAUACCCGUGCAAGGUAACGCUGGACCGAAUCAAGGCCAAGUUAUAAUGCAAGGUCCCCAGCUGCCUCAGCAACCUCAAGGCCAGCCCGGCCAUGUCAUGAAUCAAGGCCAGCAGAUGCCUCCCAAUCAGAUGCCUCCGAGCCAGCAGGGGCCCCAGAUGAACCAAGGACAAAUGCCCCCGCACAUAAUGAUGGGUGCUAUGAAUCAGUCUAUGCCUCAAAUGCAAGGCCAGAUGCCACAGCAGAUGCCCGGGCAACCUCCGCAACAGAUGCCUCAGAAUAUGGGACCAAUGAAGGUGCAGAGUCAAAGUUUCGGCAAUGGCCCACCAAAUCAGCCAAUGGUCCAAAACCAGCCUCCUCCAGCGCAAACUGCGCAGACGCCGGUCAAAUCCGAGCAAAACAACAACACAGCAGAACUUAUUAGCUUUGACUAAACAUAGUGUGCUUACUGUUACUAAAAUAUUUAUUUAAAUGUAUAUUGUAUUAAAUAUAGUUAUUCUAUUGAAAGUAAUAUAAAUUAAUAUUCGCAAUAAAAAGAGAAAGCACUUAUUUUGGUGUGCAUUAUGUAGCUAUCUUUCAAUAGUUAUUAAUAGAGCAUAAUAGUAGAGAUGUUUUAAAAUUCAUCACAUUAGGUUAUUCACCAUGCUCUGACGGAUAGUCAAUUUAAUUUUCACAUAUUUUAUUGUACUUUAUGUAAAUUAUCAAAUUUUUAUUU